AUGGGCCAACCCUCAGACGACCUCGACAACGAGGCCUUUCCCAGCAAGAGUAAUGUCGACAUCCACGCCACCACAAACGAGUCGACUGGCCCUGGCACUGUCGAUCCGCUGCAUGAUGUCGCUCGUGUGAUUGACCACAAGGCCGAGCGCGCCCUGUGCCGCAAGUUUGACCUGCGCCUGCUUCCGAUUCUGGCUUUUAUGUAUCUCUGCAAUGCCCUCGACAAGGGCAAUCUGGGAAAUGCCGAAACCGACACUCUCAACGAAAGCCUGGGUAUGACCGGCGACCAGUACAACCUGCUGCUGUCCAUCUUCUUCGUCCCCUUUGUCGUAUUUGCGCCGCCAAUUGCCAUGCUGGGCAAGCGCUUCAGCCCGGCCAGAGUCAUCUCGGGCAUGAUGUUCAGCUUCGGCGUGUUUACCCUGCUGUCGGCCUCUGUGACCAAUUUCUCGGGCCUGUUUGCGCUGCGCUGGUUCCUCGGCAUGUCUGAAGCUGCGUUUUUCCCGCUGGUCAUCUACUACCAGACCACUUUUUACCGCCGUGGUGAGCUGGCGAGACGGCUGGCUAUCUUUUACGCUGCUUCAAACAUUGCCAACGCCUUUUCGGGUUUGCUUGCCUUUGGCGUGUUUCAGAUCAAAAACUCUACGCUGGACGGAUGGCGCUAUCUCUUUCUUAUUGAAGGCUCUUUCACCGUGGUCUUUUCCGCGUUUGCCUUUUUCUAUCUGCCAAAAAGCCCGCAGGAGGCCCGCUUUCUCAACGAGGAGGAGAAACAGCUUGCCUUUCAUCGCAUCCAGGUCGACUCGUCGGCCGUCGUCAACGAGGAAUUCAACCUGCGCCAUGCACUGGGCAUCCUGAAGCGGCCUACCACGUAUGCCUUUUUGGCGAUUGAGAUCUGUCUCGGUGUGCCACUGCAAGGUGUAGCCCUGUUCCUACCCCAGAUCGUGUCCCGGUUGGGAUAUCCAACGGUGAAAACGAACCUAUACACCGUCGCACCCAACGUGACCGGCGCUGUAAUGCUGCUCGUACUGGCCUUUGCCUCUGACGCGGUCCGGCUACGGUCACCGUUUAUCGUGCUUGGUUUUCUAUUCACGCUGAUCGGAUUCGUCAUUUAUGCGGCCAUCAACGACGUGACCGCAGAAAUCCAUCUGGCAUAUUUCGCCUGCUUUAUGAUGACCUGGGGCACCUCGGCGCCGUCAGUGCUGCUAAGCACAUGGUACAACAACAACAUCGCCGACGAGGGCCAGCGCGUGCUGCUCACGAGUAUGGGUGUUCCGCUGGCCAACCUGAUGGGCCUCGUGUCCAGCAACGUGUUUCGCAGCAAGGAUAAACCAAAGUACAUGCCGGCCCUGGUCACCAUCGCCUCGUUUGGCGGCGCGGGUGCCCUGAUUGCUGGACUUUUGGGUUUGUAUAUGUGGUGGGACAAUGCGCGUCGCAAUCGCAAGGCGGGCUAUGUCGUUGAUGCGCGAGACAUACCGACUGAGCGGCUGCGGGAUGGGCCCAAGAUGGACGAGUUUCGCUGGUUUUUGUAG